CUUUGUGACUACCUCUUCCUCCUCUCUUGGUCCCUGUUCCUACUUCCUGGUUAACCUCCCCCUCUCUCCUCUCGGUUCAGACGGGGGAGACUACGGUCUGGAUGACAAGGACAUGGAGGCGUCGGUGGCCACGGUGCGGUCGCUGUGCGAACAGAUCGAAACCGACCUGAUCUUCCUCAGAGAGCGGACAGACGCCGGAGGAAAGAUCAGAGACUACCUGAUCCGCAGGCGCGUGGGCGAGGAGGACUUCCUGGAAGUCAGGGUGGCGGUGGUGGGGAAUGUGGACGCGGGGAAGAGCACUCUGCUGGGGGUUCUGACCCACGGUGAGCUGGACAAUGGCCGAGGCUUUGCUCGCCAGAAGCUCUUUAGACACAAACAUGAAAUGGAGAGUGGCAGGACCAGCAGUGUGGGCAAUGAUAUCCUGGGGUUUGACAAGGAGGGAGAGGUGAGCUUCUGCCACGUUCAGGACGUACUGUGGACACCAGGGGGGUGAAGUGGAGAAAGUUAAAUAAUAAGUGUUUAAAGGUCACCUAUCAU